UUGUUGCGUGUGGUUUUCCCGCAAACAUUCAGAAUAUCAUUAUGAAUUUGUCCUAAUGUCUUCUAAUAACAUUUAGAGACGGAAUUUAAAUUAUUGUAUUUUGAUGUUUUUGUCAUUUGUCUCUUCGAUAUGGAAGGGAAAGCAUUGAUUCUUACAUUGGUGUUUGCUGUUGUUAAUUGUCAUGCGUAUUAUGGAAAAGACCGUCCUGACAGUAUUUUUCACACUUUACCACACAUGCUGCACGACAUGAUCAAAGGGCACCGGGGAAAUAAUUACAAUCAGCAACCAGAUACAAAUAAUUUCAAUCCCGAUCCCUAUGGGAGCCGACUGAAUUCAGGAUAUCAGCAAAAUAAUAUGGGGUACCAAAAUUUGGGGCAGAGUGGCUAUAAUAUACCAAAAAAUCAAGGACUGGAUCCAGAACUUAAUGACCCUUCAGAAGGACUUGGAGCAGGUAAUCCGUCAAAUUAUAACACUGAAAUUACUACUCCUCUAACAACAACGGAACAACCACGAGAAAUGCUUCAUUUAAGCACUAAUCCACCACUUGCUUUGAAUUCCUCUGCACCUAUAGAUUUCAACACGGACACGGCACAUUCUUCAAAUAUUAAAAGGGACAUUAACGGUUUGACCAAUAAUAAACUAGAAAGGGACACCAGUAAACCACGGCCUAACAAUAAAAAUCACAACACAAUGCACAUUGAAACUGACAAAAGUCUAAAUAUAGAACCAACGCUUAAUAAAGAAAAGGAAUAUGUAAGAGUAAAUAAACCGCGAAAUCCUAAUGCAAUAGUUUUUCCAGAUAACAUGGAAGAGGUAAAGCGAGAGGUACAAGGGAAACAUAAUAGCAAUGCAUCCGAAUUACCAAACAGAUUCAACGAUACGCCUCAAAUCUUAUAUGCAGUUAAUAUAGCUCCAUCUGAUACCAAUCAGUGGAAUCGUAAUCCUUCAGCUCCUUUAACUAAUCCUAUCACUCAACCUCCACCCCUCACAAAUACCCAAGCUUUUGGUCAAAAUCCUAACCAAGCUUCAUACGCAACACUUAUAUCUCCAAACCAAACUCCAUUAAUUAAUAAAGUAGCUGAACCGAAUCCAUUCGGGAACAGCAUAGUUUUACCGAAUGCAAAUGGUGGUUCCUCUUUAUAUACAAUCGUAAACCUUCCCAACUCCGUCGCUAAUGCAAAUAUUCCAAGCCAAAUGUUCCAAUCCACUGAUGUAAUUUCAAACCCCUCUAGUUAUCAAGUACAAAACUCGAUUCCAACAGCUAAUAGUGGAAUAAUAAACGGAAUGCCAACCUAUUAUGUUGUAUCUGUACCCAAUCAAUCCUCACAAACUAUUCAAACAAGUGUACCGUACACAAACGCACCGGUCAGGUAUACCGUCGGUUAUAUUUCUAGUAAUGGUCAAACCGUGUUAGUGCCAAGUUCUCCAGUUGUAUAUCAAAUAAUUCCUCAGAAUUUUGUGCCCAUCAGUCAAAGUAAUUACGUGCCUGUAUCCAGUGGUCAACAAAAUGUGAUCGCCCAACCGUUGGCAACUCCAGGAAAUGCCGCAGUUACCUAUGUGCCUGUGUCUAAUUCGGUAAGUUCUGGGCAACAGACUUAUAUGACAGUUCCCAAUUCUCAAGGAAAUGUACCUAACUCCCAGAUCAACUAUGUCCCAGUGACAAAUGGACAAGGAAAUAUGGCAAGUCAACCGAAUUACGUAACCGUAUCUAAUGGGCAGGAAAAUACAGGGACACAAAUAAAUGUAGUGCCGGGUGCUCAAGAAAAUACACCGAAUACUCAAAUCAACUAUGUGCCAGUGUCAAGUGGUCAAGAGAAUUCAGCAAGUCAACCUAACUACGUAACUGUAACAAGUGGACAGGGGAAUACAGGUAGUCAGCUUAAUUUAGUUCCUGUUUCAAAUAGUCAGGGGAAUACACAAAACUAUGUGCCAGUGUCAAGUGAUCAAAGUAACGUUGUUACGCUAACUUCAGCGCCUUCGGAGACCAUGGUUUUGCCGGCAGACACUCAGUCUGUGACUUUAUUAAGUUUUAAAGACAAAGAUGAAGAAAAAUCAAAGAAAAAGCCGUCUAAGAAGAAGUCCAAAAAGAAGUAGUACUUAUGUGAAAAUGUGUGGGUGAAGUUCCCGUAACAUUUUUAUUUAUAACGUUAGUUCAGUUAUGUAAAGUAAACGUGUGAUACCUCAUUUAAUUUUUAUUCUAACUUCAUGUAGUAACAUUAUCUCAAAACUCUAAUUUCUGUCGUGAUCGAAAUGGGAAUAAAACUCUCCACUAAUUUCCCUAAGGAGCAAACGUGGAACAUAAAUGGAUUUUACGUCAGCAUUAUUUAGGACGAAUGGGUUUUGCACUUAAAACGUUUCGGCAUUCCUUGGGGAUGAAUUUUUUUAUUUUAAUAUCAUUCAAUACAUUUUGCUAACUUGUUUACAUAAUUGUAUGGGAAGGACUUUACGUUUUGUCCAACUCCAAAGUUUGUUUUAGUCAAAACCUCUGUUUUGAUUUGAUAUUCGUCGUAUAUAGUAAUAAUGCUUAAAUUAGUAAUAUUUUCGUAUCUUAAUUGAACGAUUAAUGACGCACUGUAAUAAUUAAUGUUAUUUUAAUUGAUACAAAUGACCAAGAUAAUAGUGGUUAAGCAUCUAUCAAAUUAAAUAUAUUCUCUAUUACGAAAAAUAAGAGUUUAAUGGUAAUCUAAGCAUUACGGCAGCGUCUAUAUACCAUUCAACACCUAAAAGCACGUAUGAAAUAUAAACCAAUUAAAUUUAAUAAAUACAAAUUUGUGCUGUAUUCUCCUAUUCAUAAUAUAAUCGAUCUUGACAAAUGAUUGAUCAAACAAAUAUAAUGUUGUUAAGUCGAAAAAAAUACCCUUUUAAUAGGUGUGACGUGUCUUCAAUUCAUCGUUUCUUCAAUAAUUUAUAGCAUGUAAUAUGCUGUAGCUGUGUCAAAAUAAUUAAAUGGAUUAAAACCCAAAAAUAAGAUAAAAAUUGAUUUAAUAUUGACUCCAAUCCAUAAAAUUCACUUAACAAAUUCAUAAUUAUAACAUAUUUUUCCCAAUAUUUACACAUUUUUAAAAGUUUACAAAGACGCAUUACAAGUGAACUACCAAUGCCUUUAAUAUUACGCUUAUUUGGUUUGUUUUUACUUUGAUAAUAGGAUUUCUAUGCAUAUCAAGAAAGAAAACUUAAAAAAAAUAUACUAAUUGGUGACUAAAAAUUUUAAUUUAUAUAUGUAUAUAAA